AACAUCAAAUCCAAUCAAAAACAGACUCCAAGGCAAAUUCUCGGCUAGAGAAAAAUAUGUGCAAUGUCAAAAUUUGUUUUCGAUAGUAUGCUGCCAAAGUACCCACAGUUUCAGCCAUUUAUCAGUUCGCACUUAACCUCAACCUCCCCAAAUUCGUCAUCAGCAGCAGUUGCCGCCGCACUUGCCGCCGCCGCCGCCUCAGCAUCCAACGCCGUCUCGUCGCCUGUGAUCCAUCCGGGCAACAGCGCCAACAGCAGUCUCAGCAGCCACAGCGGCCAUCUGCAAUCCUCGUCGCUGUCGCCAAGCUCCAGUGCUCUGCAACUGGGCAGCCAAUUGAGCCAACAGCACUUGAGUCAAUCCUCCAACUCACCGGUCUCCUCCUCAUCGCCCUCAUCAUCCACACAACAACAACAGCAGCAGCAACAGCAACAGCAGCAACAACAGCAGCAGCAGCAACAGCAAUCACAGUACUCAUCACUAUCCGCCGCACUGCAUCUGCAGCAGCAGCAGCACAUCAAUAAGUUAGCCGCCGCCGCAGCUGCGGUCAGCUCGCAAGGAUCCGUCUCUGGCCUUGGUGGUCAUCAAUCCCUGGGUCACGCCCAUCAGCAGUUGCUGCUAACGCCUCCAUCGGCGGGCAACUCACAGACCGGCGACAGCAGCAGCUCGCCUUCGCCAGCGGCCAGUUCCCCAUUUGCCAUACCCACCAGCAAGAUGUAUCCAUACGUGUCAAAUCACCCCACCAGCCACGGUGGCCUCUCCGGCAUGCCCGGCUUCUCAGGCCUCGAAGACAAAUCCUGCAGCAGGUACACAGACACCGUGAUGAACAGCUAUCAGUCGAUGAGCGUACCUGCCUCGGCAUCCGCCAGCUUUGCCCAAUUCUAUCAGCAUGCGGCUGCCGCCUCGGCGGUAUCGGCGGCCAGCGCAGGAGCCAUUGGCGUCGACUCACUGGGCAAUGCCUGCACACAGCCCGCAUCCGGCGUGGUGCCCGGAGCCGGAGGUGCCGGCCAAGGUAUUGCGGAUCUGCCGCGCUAUCCCUGGAUGACGCUCACAGAUUGGAUGGGAAGUCCCUUUGAGCGUGUCGUUUGUGGCGAUUUCAAUGGCCCCAAUGGAUGUCCGCGUCGUCGCGGUCGACAGACUUACACCCGCUUCCAGACACUGGAGCUGGAGAAGGAGUUCCACUUCAACCAUUAUUUGACGCGACGGCGGCGCAUUGAAAUCGCGCACGCACUUUGCCUAACCGAACGCCAGAUCAAGAUCUGGUUCCAGAAUCGACGCAUGAAAUUGAAGAAGGAACUGCGCGCGGUUAAAGAGAUCAACGAGCAGGCGCGACGUGAUCGUGAGGAGCAGGAGAAAAUGAAGGCCCAGGAGACGAUGAAAUCCGCCCAGCAGAACAAGCAAGUGCAGCAGCAACAGCAGCAGCAGCAACAGCAACAACAGCAACAACAACAGCAGCAACAGCAGCACCAACAGCAGCAGCAACAACAACAGGAUCAUCAUUCGAUCAUUGCACACAAUCCGGGCCAUUUGCAUCACUCCGUUGUCGGUCAGAAUGAUCUCAAGCUUGGCCUGGGCAUGGGAGCCGGUGUCGGCGUUGGCAUUGGCUCCGGCAUUGGCCCUGGGCUGGGCGCUGGUCUUGGUGGAAACCUGGGCAUGAUGAGUGCUCUCGAUAAGAGCAAUCAUGAUCUGCUCAAGGCGGUCAGUAAGGUCAAUUCCUAAAUUACCCAGUGGAAGCGUCCCUUAGCUAUCAUAAUAAUCAUCACCGUCGCCAUCGUCAUCACCAUCAAAAAAUAAACAAAUCACACAAAAAUACAACCAAAACAACGCCACCACCAACCACCAUCCACCAACCACCGUCGUCGUCGUAAACGUAAACGUAAACGUUAUCGUAAUCGCAAUCACAAUUGUAAUCGCAAUUGCAAUUGUAAUCGUCAUCGUCAUCGUCGUCGCUUGAUGCCUUGAGUUUGGCGUUUUUUCGUCUCUUCUGUGUAAUGCGAAAAGCAAAGCAAAACAAAACAAAAACAAAACAAAAGUUGAUAACUUAAAUACGUAAAGUUUUACAUAGUAAAUAGUUGUUUAAGUCUAUUUCUAACACACACACACACACACACAUGCAAGAUCAAUAACUGUGCACAGUGGAAAACAAGCGAUUUGUUUGAUCAAAUUGUCGAACUGCAAGGCUUUAAUUAACUUUAUAUUCUCAUUCACUUAACUUUUCUUUAAGUUUUCCCCAUUGCAUUUCGAUAUUGAGCUAGAGUCUAUUUGAUAGACUCCACAUUUGCCCCACUGUGCACAGCAUAAUAACUGAUAAAUAAUGAAUCUCUUGAUCUACACACACACAUACAUAUAUAUAGAGAGAAUAGCUAUAAUUGCUUAAGUAGUGCUAUCGAGAGCCAAAAUAGCUGAGUGGAAAUGAGCGAUAUUUGAUAGUCAAAUAGUCGAAGAAUAGUCAGAUAGUCAGAGAUAAACCCCGUGACUUUGCACACGCCCAGUGACAAAUGGCAACGGAGUAAAAUUGAAAAACAAUUGAAACACAGAAAACUAUUUGCGACUGCUGUAGGAUUACUUACUUAUAUAGUAUAUAUAUAGAAUGAGUAGUAUGGUAUAGAUACACGUUUAACUAUGUUUACGAUUAUUAUGGAUAUAUAUAUAUAUAUACAAAUAUAUACAGAUAUGAUACCCAUCUUAUACUUAUAGAGAUAUAGAUCGUACAUUUUGUACUCACAUAUUUAUUGGAAAUUUUUGUUUAUGUUUUCAAUCUCGAAAAAACUCUUCCAAUGUUUUUGUUUACGAUAUAUUGUGUUGUAUGUUUUGCUGUCAUUUGUUGUAUGCCAAUGCUUUUGAAAUUUUUGCUUAGACGAAUUAUAAAUUACAAUAGUUCCGUCAAUGCCAUAUUAAUAUUAACUUUAAUACCAAUUAAAUGUAAAUGCAAAAAAAAAA